CUGCGAUAAGUGCCCGUGGAAGAGUUGCAAAGCAAUGAUGUCAUAGUCUAAAUGUGUGCCAUGGGAGAGCAUAUGGUUCGUACCCGCUGCCGAAAGGAAGUGUUGCUUUGUUAUGAACAGGAGGCGCUGCAGCUGGCGGAAGAGGAGGUCGCCCAGCCCAGUUUCUGCUCACUGGUACACAGAAUCAGAAAGAGAAAGGAGGAGGAGGAGGAGAGAAAGGAAGGAGAAGGAAAAAGACGGUAUCAGUUAGAUAAAGGGAGGGCUACUAUAAUGGCCGCUAAGUCGGAUGGGGUGUUGAAAAUGAAGAAAAGCGACGUGGCGUUCACCCCUCUGCAAAAUUCCGACCAUUCGGGAUCCGUGCAGGGGCUCGCCCCAGGAUCACAGCCGGACUCGGGAGCAGGAGAAGGGGACUUUGUGAAUGGGGAGUCUCGCUGCUGCGGCUCCUCUUCGAUGUGUCUCCGCCUGGGCAGGGAGCAGCAGAACUACUCGGUGUGGGACUGCCUCUGGAUCCUCGCUGCCGUGACCGUCUAUUUCGCCGAUGUGGGCACAGACGUGUGGCUGUCGGUCGAUUAUUACCUCCGCCGCGAUUACUGGUGGUUCGGGCUUACUUUGUUUUUUGUGGUGCUCGGUUCGUUUUCGGUGCAGGUGUUCAGCUUUAGGUGGUUCGUCCAUGAUUUCAGCACCGAGGAGAGCGCUGCCGCCGCAAGUGCUGCCAGUUGCACGCACAUGGAUGGGAAGCUCAUGAGCGGCUCUGCCUCGCACGCAGACGUGGAUGCCCGCCCUUCCACACCUCAAAGACAGGCUUCCACGGCCAGCAAGAGCAACACCACAACUAACAGCAGCAACAGCAGCACCGCAACCCGGACUAGCAAGAAAAGGUCGGCGUCCUGCUCUUUCUGCAUCUGUCUGUUGCAGUCCGUCAUCCACAUCCUGCAGCUGGGUCAGAUUUGGAGGUAUUUCCACACUAUAUACCUUGGCAUACGGAGCCGUCGGAGUGGAGAUCAUGACCGGUGGCGCUUUUAUUGGAAAAUGGUGUACGAAUAUGCGGACGUCAGUAUGCUGCAUUUGUUGGCCACCUUUCUAGAGAGUGCUCCCCAGCUUGUUCUGCAGCUCUGCAUCAUCAUCCAGACCCGCAGGUUACAGGCAAUCCAAGGUCUCACAGCAGCAGCUUCCUUGGUAUCCCUGGCCUGGGCCUUGGCAUCCUACCAGAAAGCGCUCCGUGACUCUCGCGAUGACAAAAAGCCCAUCAGCUACCUGGCCGUCAUCAUCCAGUUCUGCUGGCAUUUCUUUACCAUUGCGGCGCGGGUCAUCACCUUCGCGCUGUUUGCCUCCGUGUUUCAGCUCUACUUUGGGAUCUUCAUCGUCCUGCACUGGUGCAUCAUGACUUUCUGGAUCGUCCACUGUGAGACAGAGUUCUGCAUCACCAAGUGGGAGGAGAUUGUCUUCGAUAUGGUGGUUGGAAUUAUCUACAUCUUCAGCUGGUUCAACGUGAAGGAGGGGAGGACCCGCUGCCGAUUGUUCAUCUACUACUUUGUCAUCCUUUUAGAGAACACCGCCUUGAGUGCCCUCUGGUACUUGUACCGAGUGCCACAGAGUACUGACGCCUUCGCCAUCCCCGCGCUCUGUGUCAUCUUCAGCAGCUUCCUGACCGGAAUAGUCUUCAUGCUCAUGUACUAUGCCUUCUUUCACCCCAACGGACCCCGGUUCGGGCAGUCGCCAAGCUGCACCCUCGAGGACCCUGCAACCGCCUUCACGCUGCCGUCCGAGGCGGCCGCCAACGCUCUCCGGGCCGUUUCACACAAUCGGGGGCCACCGGUCAUGGUGCCCGAUAGGGAUCCCAAAUACACCGAGAGGGACGGCUGUGUGCCGGUGUUUCAGGUGAGGCCCACUGCCCCCUCCACGCCAUCUUCCCGUGCUCCGCGGAUAGAGGAGACCGUCAUUAAAAUAGACCUGUUCCGGAACAGGUAUCCAGCCUGGGAGAGGCACGUGUUGGACAGGAGUAUACGGAAGGCCAUCCUCGCCUUUGAAUGCUCACCGGCUCCUCCCCGGCUGCAGUACAAAGAUGAUGCUCUGGUUCAAGAGCGGCUGGAGUACGAGACCACACUGUAGCCCCUGGGGAUAAACCUACUUUGGAAAAUUACUUUAAGAAACAUAGAAGAAACACUAGACGAUCAACUUGGGUUUACAGCAGGACUGUGGCAAUAAGUUACUAGCUCUCUCUAUACAUAGCAUUGGUCCGUGAUGUUGAUUGUCAUGGACUAAAAAUAGGCACGAAUUCUUAGUUGAUUUGAAGGAUUUCUUGGUGUUUUUUUAGCGGUUUUUUAAAAUUUAGUUUUCUGUUUUUUUAAUAUUAAAAAAUAUGUCUGUCAGGGAAUACUUAAACCAGUAAGAGGCCAUCACAUCCAUACAUACAGUACACCCUCCUAAAACCCCAGAUAAAAGGAAGGCAUAGCAGUUUCCCUCCGUUGGACCCUGUGUUUCUGUGAUCCUGGGAGCUAGAACAAGGGUCAUUCCUAUAGAUCACAAGCCGGAGCUUGGAAGCCCAAACUCCAGCUAUCUUCUUUAUAUAACGGAGAGCCCAAGAUGCUUGUUGUUCUGUGAAAACAGUUCGGGAUUACCCCCGUCUCGACCCUCAGUAGCUCAGUUAUUAAUCCGCCAUAUUUCUUUUAAUGUAGACCAGUUUUUAAUGAGGUUAGAGGCACAGAAACACUACAACCUCAUCCCUGUAGUUGCAAGUAUAUGGUGAUAGAAUUAUAAAUGUGAUAACUCUAACGCAGCAAAACAAAAAAACUGUUAUUUGAAACUAACAGGGGACCAAAUUCAUAAAAAGAAAAUGUAUAUGUAAAAACGUUAACUAUAGUAACUCUGUCCUUCUUGCAAGACUCAUUGCGCUGGCCAGUCUAUGUGUGUUGUCAAGACACUAUCGGCCACACUCUGCUACUAGUGCCAAAAGUUCUGUUACUGUUGGAAUUUCUGUACUGGGUUGUCAUGGAGUACUGCUACUUAAAGUAGGACUGGAUUACCAAUUACUUGAAUUAACAACUUGGUCAAGGUCCUGAGGAGAUACUACGCAAAAUACAACGCCUAUAUGAACUGGCUCAAGGGCAGACUUCAUCAUGGUACUAACUGUACAUUGGAAGAAAGGAGCAGACAGAUGAAACCUUUUGGCAGCUUGAAUAUACAUUAAAGCCUCAUUUGUCUAACUGCAGCCUGGCCUGGACUACUGGAAUCAGACCACAAGUGUACAGAAAACACAAGAGCAAGGAAAGUGUCUUUUUAACUAACUGGCCUAACUACACUCAUAACAAAAACAGAAACAUGUACAGUAGGACUAAAGAUGCAACAUUCCUUUUUACCUGGUAUGCAAUUCUGAAAGCAUUUGGUAGGAUAUAUACUGUAUAAGACCGCCAUUAAGUACAAAAAACAAAUGAUAAUAUCUUAUGCAUUUUGAAGCACUUUUGUGCAACUUGCUGCUCUAUUUUAGCCAAGAACAAGCAUAGGGCUGAAAGCACUAAUGUCAUUGUGACUGUCUGCAGCCAUCAAUCUUAAAAGCAAUCAUUUCAAGUGAGGAUGGAUUGUAGCCAACAGGAAGAGAAUAUGCAGCACAGAGUAAUCAUUGGAGACUCAAAUAAAUACAAUUCCAAGCAGGACUGUUUUGGAUAUAUAUAUAUACAUAAAAAGAAUGCUGCAUCUUUAACACUGAGGAAGAUUCUGAAACUGUUGGAACCUUCCUUUUGUUCCAUAGCUGCGUUUUAGCUUAGUGUGCUGAGAUGCCAACUCAGAAAAAAGUGACACAAGGAAGGAAAACAAGCACAAAAAUCUGUCGGAAGGAGAAAUCAUAGCGCUGUUAUUGUUGUCUUUGUCUUGUCAAUCAGUUCAAUGUGAAUUGAAAAGAAUAAAAAACAGUUUUCUUCA